UAUCUGCUACUUAAGAUCAUUGCAAACUGUCUUUUUAGUAUUAAAUUGUAUAGAGCUUGCUGUUGUAUAACUGAUUCUGAUAAAAUACUGAAUAGAACAAAGAACAAGAAAGCCAUGUCUAUGCCUACUUCAAGUGACGAAAUGGAAUGCUAUGAAUCUGUGGAGAAACUGCUAGCUAGCAAAGAUGGACUGGCUGCCUUUAGGGAUUUCUUAAAAUCGGAAUUUAGCGAUGAAAAUAUUGAAUUCUGGUUGGCAUGUGAAGAUCUGAAAAAAACCAAGACAUCUACUCAAAUUACAUUAAAGGCCAACAAAAUAUAUUCUGAAUUCAUUAAAAGUGAAGCACCAAGAGAGGUUAAUAUAGACCACAAAACCAGAGAUAUAAUUUCCCAGAACAUUUUACAACCGACAUCUAGCUGUUUUGAUGAUGCUCAAAAACUUAUCUUGUGUCUCAUGGCAAAGGACUCUUUCCCUCGGUUUCUACGAUCUGAUAACUACAAAGAACUGUUAAAGAAGCAACAGAAUAAUGGACAGAAAAAAUGGCUACCUUUUUGAUUUUAAAGAAAUAUAAUUUCCUAAAAACCCAUGUAAUUUGCCAAUGACCCAUUGCUAACUAUUAAAAAAAAAAAUCUAUAUUUGGCAUUACAGAAAUUCAGACAAAAUAACAAGAUUUUAUUGGACUGUCCUUUUAUUGGAGCAAGCCUUAAUAUCAUAAUGCUACACUAUUCUAUUCAAG